ACGUGGAGAGGACAGGCCACGCCCCCUUUGACAAGACGCUGCAGAGACUCUUGCGGAAGACUUCUCACACCGAGCCGAGGAAGAGGAGAGAUGAUGGGGUCGAUGUUGGGUCUGUCCCUGGAAACAUGGAUUCUUCUGAUCACAUGUCUCUGCCUGUUUGUCAUGUAAGGAGAAGAGAAGAUUUCUGUUUGUUUAAAACGAAACUAGGAGCCUCAGAGUUUAGUUUCCUUUUCUGACAGAGUCAUUUGACUUUCUGCUCCACUCCUCCUCACAGGUAUGGUAACUCCACCUUUGGAGUAUUUGAGAGGCUGGGGGUCCCUGGGGUAAAACCUUUUAUGUAUUUUGGGACAGUUGGGAGACACAACAAAGUAUGUGAACUUUAACAUGAAAACAUUGACUUUGUUUUUGUCUUUUAAAAUCCCACUGAGACGUUUAUUUCUAUUUUAUUUUUGUUUUAAGGUUUACUACAUCGAUGAUGAGUUGAGUUCAAAGAAGUUCGGGAGGGUAUGGGGGUGAGUUUACACUUUUUUUCUUCUUCUUGUAGGGCUGGGCGACAGGAAAAAGUUUAUCACAAAUUGUUUUUUCAUAUCAGUCGAUAUCGAUAAAUAUCACGAUAUAAAAAAUUUGAUUUAACAGUGUUUAUUGGUCGCAUGUCUUUUGCAAUUCAUGUUCACACCGCAGGUCAAUUCUUAUUUUUUAACCACAUGUGACACAUAUCUGAUUUUUUCAUGUAAGUGUGAACAGGUCAAUUCAGAUUUGUUCUAAUCCAACCCAGGCCUGUUUUGUAUGUGGAUAUAAAUCGGAUAUGUAUCCGAUGUGACUGCAGUGUGGACGCUCAGGUUGCGUUCAUCCGACCUAUACGUCAUCAAUAUGCGACAAACGUCACCAUUGUUCGACAACAUAAACAGGCGAGAAAAGCAAUUUGGGCUUUGUGCGCGUGCGGGUCACUUCAUGGACGCAUUCUGUUCACAUUAGAUGCCGCAUUUGUUGUUGUAAUGUGAACGACCGCAUAAAAAGAUCGGAUUUAACAAAAAAUCUGAAUUGUGCAUCAUAACAUGCAGUGUGAACGUAGUCCGAGUUACUGCAUCUGUGAGGUCUUCGUGUCUCGUCGACGUUUUUGUCAUUCUUUCUCAUUUCGUUAGAGAAAGCAGACUGGAGCUGCCAGUCCGACAGUGCUGUUAGCUUCACCUGUUAAAGUGCUAUGGUUGGAUGUAGCUGCUGUCUGCUACUACGCAGUUGUUGCUACUUGGUUCUAAUUCAGCAUAUGAUUGGUUCAGCGUGAAGUGGACCCGGAACAUCUACCCUUUUCAUUGGCUAUUCAUAUAGUUUACCAAAACAUGACAGAAUGCCGACUAUCUCGAAGCACAUCGACCAUGUUUCAUAUUGAUACUGAGGGAAUUUAAUUUUCGAUAUAUAUCGUAAUCGUUUUAUCGCCCAGCCCUAAUAAGAAGUACCUCAAUGGGAUGGGAAAGCCGAGCGUCAUCACAGCGACUCUCCUGCCGAAUGCGCACAAAAAUCGCGGAAAUACUGAGAGCUUUUUGGCUUCAAAUCCGUAUUCAGGCAGGAACCAAGUUGUCCAUAGUAUAUACAGUCUAUGGUUACGACAGAAACAAGGAGGCUUGUAUGAUUUAUUACCAUCAUCAGGUGUUGAUGACGGUCGUGUCGAUUUAAACAGCUGAGUUUUAAAAUGCAUCUUCAUGUUUGUGCAAAUGUCCAGUAUGUACGAGUUCAGAAAGCCCAUGUUGGCUGUGAUGGACCCUGACAUGUUGAAGACCAUCCUGGUGAAGGAGUGCUUCACCUACUUCACCAACAGACGGGUGAGAAACACCGAGAACACAGAGGACUGGGUAACAAGAGAGACUGCAGAGAGAUUCAUGUAAAACCACCACAGUGUACCCCGUAUAUCAGCAUAACCAGUUAAACAGGAACUGAAAUCAGAUCCAAUAGAAUCAGGCGGGCUGGUCCACAGACGUGAGCCUCACCGUUUUUAAAGUAGGAGGUACAAUCAGGCUGUGAUGUUGACUGAAACUAAAAGACCAAAAAAAAACCCUCAUAAGUUUAUGAUUUUAAAGAAAUCAAAUCAGAAAUCAAACUUGAUUUCCACAGGUUCACAAGUUUAAAAACAACAAAGUUUAAUAAAAUGUCCAACUUCUAUUAUUUCUAUGACUCCAAUUAACCCUCAAAUACUGUUCAAAUCCUGAACCCUCACAGUAUGUUCCAGGUCAAAAUUGCCCCUUCAGAGAGUUCAAAGAGCAGCUUUCUGUCACAGAAAGUUCUCUUGACUAGUUAGGUCAUUUUGACCUCUGUCUAGGUGUGUCUGUGGGACUGUAUGUCUGUGUGUGUGUGUGUGUGUUUCUGUCAAGGUAAUGAUAGUUUCAUAAUGAUUUAAAUAUAUCUUUUUGAACAACAAACCUUACAUUGAACACGGUUAUUACUGCUUGUCACUUGUCCCACUCUGCUAGAUCUAAAAUCAAUCUAAAUAUAGAUACGGGUCAAAUUUGACCUGUAACAGCCUUAGAGGGGAAAAAUUUGUAGCACAUAAACAAAAAUACACAUGAAUAUCUUUAAAUUUUGCAUGACGUAAAUUUAUCAAUCAACCAAAAGCUGGUUUCAGAUUUGAUCUGAUAAAUGAACGAGUGAAUUAACAUCAACAGGGCAGGUGUGUAAUUGAAUUUUUGCUCUUCAAGUCGUGCAGAAAAGCCCGAAUCCUGCUUAUAAGUGCAAACAUCUUAUUAUUAUAAAACCUGAGAGUGAAGACUUAUUAUUUUAUUCUAUGUGAUAUGAUAUACAUGCACACUUACAAUCAACCAAAAGCUGGUUUCAGAUUUGAUCUGAUAAAUGAACGAGUGAAUUAACAUCAACAGGGCAGGUGUGAUGAGCUUGGAGCGAUUCCUGCUUAGAAGGCCACCGGAACACAUACUGGUCCAGAUCAACUUGUUUUAACUUCCAUCAAUUAAACGAAUACUUACACACACACACACACACACACACACACACACACACACACACACACACACACACACACUGUGCCUCUGCAGAACCUCCGCCUCAACGGGGAACUCUAUGACGCCGUGUCCAUCACUGAGAAUGAGACAUGGAGGCGGCUGAGGAACAUCCUGUCUCCGUACUUCACCUCUGGACGUUUGAAGGAGGUCAGACUUUUCUCCACCUCAGUUUAUUUAUUCUUUUUAAUUACGUCCAGCACCGUUCAGACUCUUGUGUUCAUUUCUCAUUUUCCUGAAGGCUUUUGCCAUCAUGAAACAUCAUUCCAGUAAACUUAAAGCCAGUCUGCAGCCGAAGGCACAGAAUGAAGAAGUUGUCCAAAUAAAAGAGUGAGUACUCCUAAAAAAACUCACGUUCAUGUCCUUGAAUGUCUCUCAGAUGAAGUCUUGUUUUGCUGUUUUUCUGCUCUCACCAGAGUCUUUGGUUUCGUUUCCUUUUAUCAAACUGUUAUCUACUUUAAUUUUGUCAAAUGCAGGUGUUUUCAGCUGGCCUUGUUCUGGGUUUUUAUAUCAUGUGAACUUUUGAUCUAUUUCAGCUGAUUUUUAUGAGCGGUGUUUUCCAGCUUCUUCGGAGGCUACAGUCUGGACGUGAUGGCGAGCUUCACACUGAGCGUGGAUUUGGACACGAUUGACAAACCCUCCAAUCCUCUGGUUUCACACUCCUCAAAGCUCUUCAGAGUCUCUGUACCACUUUUCCUCUUCCAAGGUACACUCCUCCUUUUUUUCUUGUGACACCUCCUCCCCUAUUUUCCGUUUUUGUUUUCUUCACUCUUCAGAGAUGCUGACCACCUUUGUUUGACCACUCAGGGUGUUUUCCGUUUGCGCUCCCUCUCUUGGAGUUGAUGGGAGCUUCAUUGUUCCCCAAGGAUUCUUUGGCUUUUAUUUUCAAGUUUGUGGAGAUGAUCAGAGCGGAUCGCACAGUGAACUCACAAAAGGUCUGAACGAAACACUAAAACCUGGAGGAGGGUGCUGUGGGAAUGUUGUCUGUGGUCUCAUAGUCGCAGUAGGGCUGCACGAUUUCAGCCAAAUAUAAAAUCCAGAUUUUUUUCUCUGAAAACUCAAUUUUUGAUUUUUUUAUUUGGUGACAACUUCACCAAACUUCACUUUAAUAAUAAAAAGUUUUUGUGUGAUCUCUCGAAACCAAACCAUUGAAAAUGAUGUAGUUUAUAUGCCAAGACAGUAAGUGGCGCUGUAACACUGUACAGGAGAGUUACUCUGUGUGUCACAUGAUCGUUUCCAGAGAUGCAGAUAGACAUCCACACGGAGAUGAAAUGAUCAUCGUUUACAGAUGUAUUCACUCUCUGACCCGUUUUCAAAAAGUACCGUUUACAGUCACCUGAAACGCCGAUACAACACAAAACUUAAGCGUUUAAUCCGGAUUUUAUUUCCGUGGUGACGUGAAGUCGUACCAAUUCAACACGACUGACUCGCUCUUGCCUUCUUCUGCAAACGCCAUGUUUGUUUACUCUGGUGUGUGUGGGAACUGAGGAAAGGGGGAGGAGCCUACGGUGGCCUAGAGGCGCGAGACAUGAUAGAGAGGAAAAUGGAUUUGAGGAUUUUAAUUUUUUAAAUGUUGGAUUUAAAAUCGAUGAAUCGUGCAGCCCUAAGUCAUAGAGAUACACAUGAUAUUAGCCUAAAGAAGACUUCCUUAAACACAGCACAUAGAGGGUUAAGUCGCUGUUCAAACAGAGCUGAUAUAGGACUUCUUUUAUAUGAUAUGAGCGUAGAUGAGUUUUAUUAAAGUCAUUAAAGUAGAGAAUCAUCGUGUUAACGAACGCUGUGAGACAUUUUUUCAAACUGCUGAUCCAUCAUGAUAAACUAAAGCAUUUGUUUGACUGAACAUACUGACUAACUGACCUGUUUUCAGAACUCAGGAGACAUGCUUCAGAGUCUGAUGGACACCCAGGCUAACGUGAACGGAAAGGAGAGCAAAAGUAAAGAGAUGACGACACUCACAGACUCCUCACACAUUCUCAGUGAAACCUCCUCCUCCUCCUCUAAUCCACUCCUCUGUCUGUUGUUCUGUCUGUCCUGGCAGGUUUGACUGAUCAUGAGAUUGUAUCUCAGGUCGCCACGUUUGUGUUUGCUGGGAACGAGACGAGUGCCUCCACUCUUGUUUUCCUUGCAUACAGUUUGGCAAGAAAUCCUGAAGUCAUGAAACGCCUGCAGGAGGAGAUCGACGCCACCUUCCCCGACAAGGUCGUCCGCUUUUCAUCAGUCAGAGGGUUUUUCAGUUUGUGAACAUUGUUAAAUCAAACUGUUAUCCUGAUCCGCUUUUCAGGGUCCAGUUCAGUGUGAAGCUCUGAUGCAGAUGGAGUACUUGGACUGCGUGAUCAACGAGAGUUUGAGGUAAUGAACAUUUUUGAGGAGCUGGUUAAAGACAAAACUAGGAUUUGUUGCCUGAUCCAAACUCUGCAUCAAAAAGUCAUCUUAGUUAGUCUGAAUACUAAAAAAACUGUCUACAACCACGUCAAACAACAACAACACACGACAAUUAUCAGCCCAACAUGACGCUACAACACUGAGGUAUCCGCUGAACCCAUGGACUCAGAGGAAAGAAGGGUUUACUGGUGCGACUAGGGCUGGGCGAUAAACCGAAAAUGUACUGAUACUGAAAUUUACGACAUUAACUGACUUCAUUUUUGCAAACAUCCAGUCCAUAACAAAGAGGGAAAGACAGGUGAGGAGAUGGAGGACGGUUCAAAAGUUCAAAUAUCGGGAUAUUGAUUUGAGGCCAUAUUACUCAGCCCUAGAUGAAACUCUCAUCCUCCACUCUCUACUUCCCUGAUUUCCUGUCUAAUUAAGAAAUUAAAGGAUCGAUAACAACCGGAGAAAUGAUAACAGAUCAGAGGUACAGUGCUAUCAAUAAUUAGUAUAAAGAUAAUCAGUAUAAUAGGUUAUUGGUGGAAGGAAGGCAUUGACGCUAAAGUCUCAUGAAUGAAGGUGGCCAUAUUGAUGGGAUUAGUCAUGGAAAAUAAAUGUAUUUGUGUUUUUAUAUAUUUAUUUCAAGAACAGACCCUUCUUUGAUGUACGCCGUAUAAAUUGAAUGUUUGUCUCUCUGACCAAACUCAUUAAAAAAAACCUUCACCUUCUUUCCAAAGGCUCUACCCUCCAGCCGCACGUUUAGAACGAGUAGCCAAAGAAACCGUGAAGGUCAACGGGAUCACCAUCCCAAAGGACUUAGUUGUUAUGGUUCCGGUCUACGCUCUCCACCGUGACCCAGAGUUUUGGCCCGAACCAGAAGAGUUCCGACCUGACAGGUAGCGAGCAUCUACACACCUGUUGUACUGAUCCUCCUUCAUUUACAUUUUCCAUGUAUUUGUAACGUAACCAUUCCAAGAUGUCUGUGUUGUUUCUGAUUCAGAUUCAGUAAAGAGAACAAACCGAACAUAAAGCCGUACUCUUACUUGCCGUUUGGCGCCGGGCCCAGGAACUGUAUCGGGAUGAGGUUUGCUCUGCUGAUGGUUAAACUGGCUCUGGUGGAAGUUCUACAGGACUACAGCUUCUUAGUCUGCGACGAGACGGAGGUUUUUAUUUAUUCAUGUUAUUUUAUUUUAAAUCUGAACAUCAUGUCCGCUGAAUUCUUUUAAUAAUUAAACUUCACAGACUGAAAAAAAAGCAUCUAAUUUAGUGCAUCUCUACGUUUCCUAGAUCCCUUUGGAGAUGGACCCUCAAGGCCUCACUGGACCACUAAAGCCAAUCAAACUGAGAGUGGUGUCACGUUCAAAGCAGUAAACUGGAGAGAGGUCAGAGUGAGACAUCUGUGAAGGUUUUCUAUGUGAAUCUAGAAUCAAAGUGACUUUAAGUGGGUCCUGAUUAAGACGAGAACACUGGAGCUUCAGACGGCGAGUGGACUCAAGACAAAGUGUCCGUCUUCAGUUACCUUCCUGUCAAACUUCUAGUCAUCAGUCUAACGUCACUUUUAGGGUCUGAAACUAUGGAAUAAUCUCUAAAAUUAAUAUCAUCCCUCAACUCCUUUAAAUAUCAUUAAAAUCUCAUCUGAUCCUGUUUUAAUCACAUCAUUAUUUGUUAUGAUCACGUUUCUAUCCUUCCUAUGAAUACUUACAUUGUCUUUAUCACUGUUUGAUGAUUAAUCUGUGUUCCAUUUAUGGCAAUUUAUAUCUGUUUGACAUUUCCCUAAUUGUAUAUUUGUUAUAAUUGUAUAUUUGUAACCUGUCUAUGUCCUAAUUACCUUGUCGUCUCCACCUUGUGCUUUUGCUGCCCCGAUGGGAGUGGAACUCCGUAUAAGCCUACUUUGUAUAAGGCUUCGUUCCCUCCUUGCACUGUUUUUAAUCUGUGAUAAAUAAAUAAAUAAAUACAAUACUACUAUUACAGUCAGGAUGGAUUCAGGUGAAGCUGCUCAGUCACACAACAGAUCUCAGUGUUUGCACACGCAUUAACAGGAGUGUGUGCGGUGAUUUUAGUUCUGUAUUUCAGUAAAAAAAGAGUCAUCGUAGGACACAACAGGUGACAGUAAAGAGGUCAUGUCUGGACUUUAAGACGUGGUUUUUGUAAAGUUUGUUUUAUGUUUUAUUUGGAGGAUCAUUCUUUCAUCAGGAGGAGUCCCGCAGCUCCUCAGUGAAAAGACUGUGAAGUGUGUCCUCCUCUGCACAUUCACUCUGCCUGUUGUUGCUCAUUUUCACAUUUAGUGAUACAAGUGGGAUCAUGGUAGCUGAAAAAUUAUGAAUAAAACAAAAUGUACAUAAUGGCAGAAAACAUAAAGGCGCUUAACACAAAGUAACCGAGUCACUGAGGGAUGACUUUGGGAAUAUGGUGUGUUUAAUUUAUCUGCUUUAAAUGAGAACGUUUGAUUGUCUACGAUCGGCAGGACGAAUAUGUAAGAACUGUUUCCACUACAUGAUGUCUGGAUUAAAUUGUGACGUAUAAUUUUUCUGAUUUAAA